CGAUAGAACAGCUUAUCGGCAAACAGAAGAUUUGUGUUUGACAGCAAGAAUAGUUGAUUUAAUUCAAUAAAUGAUGGAUUGUAGUACGAUGUUACAGUUUACCCAGCAGCUCGUCAAGUUUUUGACCAAUCCAGAGAAGCUGGAGGAGUCUGGCGACGAUGCAGCGGCUCCGUUGCCCUUCAAGAAAUGCGGUGAGUUGAUCCGUUACCACAGCGAGGAUCUGGCCAAGCAAGGUGACUUCAGUUUGGCGGCCAUCUCGCGUUACUGGGAGAAAUAUUUGAAAGAUCAGGGUCUUAAGCUGCGCCACAAUGCUGACCAACUGCUCCCCGGCGAGAAGGAGCGCCUGGAGUUGAUCGAGCAGUCCCGCCAGUGGCGUUUUCCGCUCGUCGAAAUCAUCAUGCCGCACAAGGAACGCUAUUGUCUUCGCUUCGAGCGCCGUCCGCUCAUCGCCCAUGUCCUUAACUCUGUGCUCACGCUGGGAGAAGAGUACGGUCGUCCGGCAAAGAACAAGCAUUCGUGUACCAUGAGCUUGCAGUUGCAAGCCGAUGCCGGUGCCACCGAUGGCGGCCAGGAUCUGCGCCACUAUCGACUGCAGCAGCUCUACAAGAUCAUGCUCCGCCUGGUGGACUACUCGUCCUGGCGCCUGGUGGAGCCCAAUGACCGGCAGGAGGACACCCUCUGUGUGAACGUCGAGUUGGAGAAAUGCUGCAAGCGCCAGCAGCCCAGGGGACAUGUGUGUCUCGUGAGCGGACCUGUUUUGGAGCCGGUGAAAAAGACCGCCUCCAUAUUGACCGUUGACGAGUAUUUUGAGCUGCGUUGCUCGCACAUGCGUCUAAUGGCCAUGCACCGGUCUGGAAUCCGUCCGAAGGGAAUGAGCAGCCUGGACGCGCUGAUGAACCGUCUAGGGGCAGCUGCCGUGAUCGUGGAUCUCUUCGAGGUGCGCCACACCAGCGCCGUGAGUGUGGUGCGCAAUGGAUUGGGCAUUUGCAAAGGGGCUGCGUACAUCAUGUACAAUUUGGCACGCCUGGAAACACUCCUUCGCAAAUUUAGUAAUCAGGUUAGGGCUGGCGUCUAUGCGAAACUGCCACCGCUGGAGGAGAUUGAUCUCAGUGUUCUAGAGGAUGAUAUUGAAUGGCAGUUGAUUUAUGGAUACCUAUUCACCUUCCCGGAGCUAAUGGAAUCCUUGAUGGAUCAAUUGGCCAAGGGUCAUUGCGGUGUCCAUCUGCUUUUGCGCUAUAUUGAGAACCUGGCUGGCGUCUUCAGUCGCUUCUAUUGUCUAAAGAAGAUCCUUGUCCAGAAGCGCGAUCAACUGAUGCCGACCUUGUACGCCAGAAUCUACCUCAUUAUGGCGGUAAAACAGGUCCUGAAUAAGGCUUUGGCCGUCCUGGGCAUAGAGCCGGUGGACUACGUAUAAAGAUAUGCUGAGCAUAUCUUCAAUACGACCCAAGAAGAGGCUAAUGCGUAACCUGACUAAAGCCGAAUGCUGUCUCAACAGUGGCCGGUAAUAAUAUAUAGACAACGUGUGAUCUAUUAAAUAAUCAUAUAAUAGAUAUAACAUGCUUGCACCUCUAGUUUUAUCAAUUAUAAUCAAAAUAAUGCUGGAUACAGUCAUUCACUUUUAUACCAAACAAACGCUAAAACGUUUAAUAAAAGACUUGGUUUUUGUAUUGAUACAAAAACUCAUUUUGUACAA